GUGGCUGAGUAAUCAAUAUGGCCACUGAUAGUACUUGUAUUCAUUGCCUGCCUUGUUCUGCCUCCCUCCUGGCAGCUCAGCGACAAACAACAAAGAAGACGACAUUCACGAGUGUCUCCUUGGGGACACAAACCAUUUUUAAGACAAACAGGGGCGUAGCUCUAUCAUUUUGCCUCCUUCCCUUUGUACUGUAGCUAGUCACGGGAUUAUUGAUACAAUUUGCUGAUAUUUCGCAGUUUCUUUCUUCCUUCUAUCUCCUUCUGUCUCCUGCUCUAAUGGCGACACAGGUUGCCAGGGGUAAGCUAGUUUUUGCUGCAGCUCUGCUCUGCUUGCUGCUGCAGACCAGCCCCGCCCAUGGACAGAAUAACAAUUUACGUCCUUAUUUCAUUGAAACUGACAUAUCUUACACUGUUCUGGAAGACUUCAACACCACGUUUCCUAUUAAUUCUGAUAAUCCACUGGAAGCCAUUGACCAAGAGAAUGAUAAUAUCACGUAUUACAUACCUGAUGGCAUCAAUGGGUAUCUUGACUUUGAAAUACUCACCUCAGGCGGACUAGGAUACCUUUACUUCCAGGACUCUGUUUCUUUAGAUAGAGAAUCUCGUGCUACUUACAAUGUUCGUGUGUUUGCAAGUGAUGGUCAGUAUCAUGGGAGUGCAACUGAUCAUCAUGUGGACAUCAUUGUCAGACUGAGGGAUGUCAAUGACAAUACACCAGUAAUAACUAACCUGGAACACACCAUAGUUGUAUCAGAGGCCACUACAGCCAAUACCCCAUUGUUCACUGUUACAGCAACUGAUGCUGAUACUAUACAAAAUGCUAUUGUUGCAUUUCGAAUAUUUGCAGUGUCCCCUUCUUCAGGUAGCAACAAGUUCUCUUUGGUUUCUUCCAGUGGUGAGCUCUCUCUAGCACAAACUCUGGACUAUGAACAAGUUAAACAAUACUUGAUCACAAUUGAAGCAUACGAUCUUGGUGACCCUCCAAGGGACAGUACAAAGGUGCUGACGGUAAAUGUCACUGAUGUUAAUGAUAACCCACCAUCCUUUGGUCAAUCAACUUAUGCAGUGUCAAUAUAUGAAAAUACCACUAAGGAUACUUUUGUAUUAAGUGUUUCAGCUAUGGACAUUGACACUAUGAUUAAUGAUAAGAUUGUCUAUAGUUUUAAUCCAAGUCCUCCUUUAAUAAAUGGUGUACCAUCAUUUGUGAUUAAUGAUUCGACUGGUGAUAUAUUUGUCAAUGCUCCAUUGGACUUUGAAGGGAACUCAACAGUAUAUUCCCUCACUGUCCAGGCCAGUGAACUCAAUGAUCCUAAUAUGAAGACGACAGUUCCAGUUGUUAUUACUAUUUUAGAUAUUAAUGAUAGCCCUCCAAAGUUUCAACAACAGCAAUAUAAUAACACGAUAUCAGAACUGACAGGAAUUGGAGCCGACGUAUUGACUGUGACAGCCUCUGAUGCUGACUCCGGAGUGAAUGGACAGUUUAAUUUUGAGUUAUUCAACUUGUUAUCAACACCACUUCCAUUUAAUAUAACAUCCACUUCUGAUGGAGCUGGCACUAUUCAAGUUAACGGCUUACUUGACUAUGAAGCAUAUCAGUUCUACCGAUUUCAAGUAUUAGCUGUAGAGGUUGUCAAUACAAUGAGAAAGACAGGGACCACGACAGUCUCCAUCAGUAUCAGUAAUGCUAAUGACAAUGACCCAAUCUUCACUAAAGAGGUCUAUACUGCUAGUGUUCCUGAAAAUGCUGACGAUGAAUUCGUAACUCAGGUGAUGGCCGUUGAUAAUGAUUUGGGUAGUUUUGGUGUCGUCCAUUAUUCUUUGGUUGAUGAUUAUGAUGUGUUUGAGAUAGCAAAUGACACUGGAAGAAUAACCACAACAGAUUCCAUUGAUUAUGAAAAUGUUCAGAGCUACUCACUCACUGUAGUGGCCAAUGAUUCAGCAGCUCCUGUUUCAGCACAAAGGUCCCAGAAGGUUUCAGUGAUAGUUAGUGUGUUGGAUCAGAAUGACAAUGGUCCAGUUAUUCGUGUUAAUAACAGCGACACUGUCACUCACGUCACUGCUAAUGUAUCUGAAGGACUCCAGCCGGGCCAACUCGUGUUUGUAGUUGAUGCUACAGAUGCUGAUGCCUAUCCUCAUAAUGUCCUAAGUUAUUAUUUAUUAUUAUUAAAACCAGUUAAUGACACGACUGAACCAUUUGAAUACUCAACUAGCGCAAGUAAUCAGUUAGUGACUAAUAUUGUAUUUGACUAUGAAGAAGUCCAGCAGUACACUGUCCGUCUUUACGUCACUGAUUACGGUCACCUUCUUGUUGAUGAUGAUAAUGACACUCUUGGCUCAGGAACAUUCACUUACUCGUCCAUUACUGACAUACCCAGUGGCCACAGUGACUCCAUUGUUGUCACUGUUAAUGUUGUUGAUGUGAAUGAUGAGGAUCCUGUUUUUGAAUAUCCAGAAUAUAAUUUUAAUGUCACAGAAGAGCUACCUAAUGGAUCUUAUGUUGGAACUGUUAAGGCUAAUGACCCUGAUAGUGGACUGUUUGGUAAAGUUGGUUAUUCAUUGUCUGGCAUUGACCAUCAAAAUUUUUCUAUUAAUUCUUCUUCUGGAGUCAUCAGUACAGCUGGUCCUAUUGACCGAGAGACUAAAGACAGGUUUGACUUGAUAGUGACUGCGUACGACAAUGACCAGCUGGAUCAGCACCGAUCAACCACUGCCUCACUGACGAUACUGAUCAACGACGUUAAUGACAAUAACCCGAUAUUUGAUCAGCCGAUAUAUUAUAUCAACGACAUCUUUGAAGAUGUGACCUCAGUCAGUAUUCCAGUUAGGGCCACAGAUAGAGACACAGGCACUAAUAAAGACAUUCAUUAUGUGAUAUAUGAGGGGAAUGAAGAUGAUACUUUCACCAUUAAUUCUAAUACUGGUGUUAUUGGUUUGAAUCCUGCAAAGGAACUUGACAGAGAGAGAAUUCCUCAGUUUCAUUUGACAGUACAAGCUAUUGACGGAGCCCCGCCCCCUUACAACAGGACUGGUAAUGCCACUGUUGUCAUUGUACUUCAGGAUGUUGAUGAUAAUGAUCCUACAUUUUCAAUGGCCACAUACAAUGUUAAUCUGCCUGAAGAUACUCCCACUAAUAGUUUUGUUACCGUGGUGACUGCCAAUGAUACUGAUUUUGGUGUUAACGGUUUGGUCAGAUAUGAACUAGUUCCGCUGACUAAUCCAAACUUUGAAAUACACGAGGGCACUGGGGUGAUAACCAGCAAGAGAAUGUUUGAUUAUGAAUUGGAACAAAGGACGUACACACUCACAAUAAGGGCACAGGAUCACAAUCCCUCUGUGGGGUCUCCAGGAUAUGCCAAUGUUGUUAUUAGGAUACUUGACGUCAAUGAUAAUUCACCAUUAUUCUCACCAAGUUCCUAUCAGGCCAGUAUGCCUGAGGAUGCUUCAUCAGAUGAUUUGAUUGUUAAAGUUAGAGCGACUGAUGCUGAUUCAACUAGUAAUUCCGAUAUAUCAUUUGAAAUUACUGACGUACAAACUGUUGGCUCUGUCACACCCACUGACGCUCAGGCUGAUAAUUUAACUGAUUUAUUCAGUGUUGAUCCAACUACUGGUGAUCUGUAUCUUUCUACUGAUCGUUCAUUUGAUUAUGAAAGUGUUCAGAUAUACAAUGUCUACAUUGCUGCUGUGGAUGAUGGGAGCCCACAGAUGAACAGUUCUACUGUGGUUACAGUCACCAUUACUGACAUCAAUGACAAUCCUCCAUUGUUGUCUCAUGAAGUGUACAAUCUAACACUAUCAGAAUCAACAGAGACUGGGACACUACAUAAUUUAUACAUAACAUACAGCGAUAUUGAUACCGGUAAUAAUGCAGCUGUAGACUAUGAGAUUGAAGGAACAAGUUCAUUUACCAUCAGUCCUUCCACUGGUGUAUUGACUCUUGAGUCUUCACUUGAUUUUGAAGAUGAACAGUCCUUAAAUUUCUCUCUCAUUAUAACUAAUAAAGCGACGCCCCUUUUGAGCGAUAGUGCCACAGUGCUAGUGUAUGUUACUGAUGCUAAUGAUAAUGAUCCUGUCUUCAUUAAUGGAGUGGGUGGAACUCUAACCUUAUCCAUACCUGAAGGAAACUAUACUCAUAAACAGCUCUUUGAUUUUGAUGCUACAGAUGCUGACAGUGGUUCCUAUGGUAACGUCAGUAUAUUGAUAACCAGUUCCAGUGCUCCUGGCACCUUCAGUAUUCCUGAUCCUUCUAACGGAGUGUUGUAUGUGACAGGACUUCUUGACAGGGAGGAAGAAGAUACUUACACACUAACUGUCACUGCUAGGGAUGGAGGGUCCCCUCCUCGGACUGAUGCUGUAGCCAUUACUGUUGAUAUUCUUGAUAUCAAUGAGCUCCCUCCAUUGUUCUCUGUUGGCUCUUAUUCAUACAACAUUAACGAGAACCUGUCCCCAAUGACUCUGCUGACAGUAUCAGCUAAUGAUGAUGAUGAAGGACCCAAUGGGACGGUGAGGUACUCUCUCAGUAAUGACACUUAUCUCAGUAUCAAUGAAGUCACUGGUGUAAUAUCAAGCACUGGUCCUUAUGAUUACGAGUUAGUUACUAAUUUCACUGUUAAUGUCACUGCUCGUGAUCUUGGUAAUCUGUCAUCAUACGUACCUCUGACUGUUACAAUUAAUGACAUCAAUGAUAAUUACCCAUCAUUCAAUGAGCCAUCAUAUGGUCCGUAUGAACUAUCAGAAGAUGCUUCCACUGGUCACAUUCUAGUGAGAGUUGAUGCCAAUGAUCCUGAUUCCGGUCCUAAUGGUGAUAUCAGCUAUGUACUGGAGAAUGGAGGAGGUCGUUUUAGCAUUGAUACUUCAACUGGUGAUAUCUCACUUAUAUCUAGUCUUGACAGAGAAUUUGAUGAUUUUUAUGCUCUAACUGUCAAGGCUUAUGAUCACGGAUUGAUUCGACUAACAUCAACCGUAUCUCUUAAUGUGUCAGUACUUGACAUUAACGAUAAUUCUCCUGAAUUCCUAGACACUGACAUUGCAAUUCAAAAUGUUAACGAAACAGCUCCUAACGGUACACUGAUCAUAACGCUAAGAUCAACUGAUCGUGAUCUUGAUUCAAACGGUACGGUGUCAUACAGCAUUACCUCUGGUAACAGUCUUGGUCUGUUUGGUAUCGACACUGUGGACAGCGGUAGUUCGUACGAGGGACGGCUGAGGGUCACUGGUACACUGGACUAUGAGACUCUGCCGCUGCUAUACAACCUAAAGGUAACUGCUAGUGAUAACGGACCCGCAGGGUAUCAAAGAUCAACCAGUACCAAUGUUGUUGUUAGUAUUAUCAACAUCAAUGACAACAAGCCUAACUUCACUCAACCUUCUUAUGUCUUCUCUGUAUCUGAGGUAUCUGGCCCUUCUACUUCAGUUGGUAUAGUGCAGGCUAAUGAUGGGGACAGUGGGGUAUUUGGAAUAAUUGCUUCAUAUUCAUUUUCUUCUGAUACACCAGCUGACAUCACUAGUAAUUUCACACUAUCCAGUUCUUCUGGUCUAAUCACAGUAGCUACUGGUGCUUCUCUUGAUUAUGAAAGACGCCAGGAUUAUAACUUUACUAUUAUUGCUACUGAUAAUGGUGGCCUGUCAUCAGACCCAGUGAAUGUAUCUAUUCUUAUUAUUAAUUAUAAUGACAACGAGCCAGUCUUUAAUCCAUCAUCUUACUCUGAGUCUAUUUAUGAGAAUAUCACCAAUGGAACUAAUGUCCUCACAGUUUAUGCUACUGAUCCAGAGGGAACUGAUGGCAUAUCAUACAGUAUAGUUGAUGGAUCAUUCAAUAAGUUCACCAUUAAUCCUAAUACUGGGGUUAUAUCCACCAUCAGCACACUGGACAGAGAGGAGACAUCAGCCUACGUACUGAGAGUACAGGCCACUGACACUGGAGGCAGUCCACUCUCCGGAUUCACCCAAGUUAGCAUUACUCUAUUGGACGUCAAUGACAAUCAUCCAUUGUUUGAUUCUUAUAAUUUGGAGUAUUCUUUACUGGAGACAUCAGAACUUGGCACUACACUCUCCAAUCCUGUUGCUACAGCAACUGACACUGAUACUGGUGAUAAUGGACUCAUUAGUUAUUUCCUUGCUGGUGAGGGUAUCCCCUCGGUCUUUAACAUUAACAUGACUACUGGAGUGAUAUCCCUGCAAUCAUCAUUGGAUCAUGAAUUGAAGGAGAACUACACCUUUACCCUGUACGCUAGGGACAAUGGCUCACCGAUGAGUCUCUAUUCUGAUAACGUAACCGUCAUUGUGAAGGUAUUGGAUUACAAUGACCACUCCCCCCAGCUGGAGUACACUAUUUAUAACAGAACAGCACCUGAGGAUUUCUCUAUUGGUGAUCUGAUCCUAAAUGUCACUGCUACUGACGCUGAUGAAGCUGGUCCCAAUUCUAACAUCACGUUUUAUAUAUCUGAAGUUGAAGGUGUAGCUUCCUCCGACUCUCCCUUUGCUAUGAACCCUUUCUCAGGGGAAAUAACCACAACAGCUGCUCUUGAUUAUGAGUCACGCACUGAAUAUACCAUCAUCAUAAGAGUACAGGAUAGUGGAGUACCAAUUGGAAUAACUACAGGGACAGUGCUACUAACCAUUACUGAUGUUAAUGAUAACUACCCUUCAUUCACAAUGUCUUCUUAUACUCACUCACUGCCUGAGGCCAAUGCGUCCAGCACAAUGAAGAUAUCAAUACUCACUGUAUCUGCCACUGAUGCUGAUGGUACUAGCCCCAACAACUUUGUAACAUACAAUAUCACAGCUGGUAAUAGUGACGACACUUUUGAGAUUAACGAUACCACGGGUGAGGUAUAUGCCGUUAAGAGUCUGGAUUAUGAAACCACUCAGUCGUACACCCUCACUAUAAUGGCAAAGGAUAAUCCUCUACUGGCCAACCAGACCAAUGUCAAUGAGACUACAGUUACUAUUAAUGUUAAUGAUGUCAAUGACAAUGCUCCUGUGUGGCAGUACACGGAGAAUAGGGUGGGGUCUUCUGACCUGUACUCGGGUGUGGUCUCUGAGAAUCGAUCCAUUGGCUAUCAAGUACUGAGAGUUUACGCUGUUGAUCUUGAUGAGUCAGCAUUAUAUGGGACAGUACGAUAUACCAUACUAACAUAUACUGAUGAUUUUGAGAUUAACGUUACAACCGGGUACGUGUACACUGCUCAAAUGCUGGACUUUGACACUUUUGACAUGUACAACCUCACAGUGGAGGCAGCUGAUGGGGGCACACCCCCUAGAACUAUAACAGCUGAUAUAUACAUUCAAGUAACUGAUGAGAAUGACAUCGUUCCGUAUUUUCUAUCAAAUUUCUACACUGAAACCAUUUCUGAAGGCACUUCUAUUGGCGAGCCUGUCAUUACCCUACUAGCCACUGACUCUGACUCACCUGAGCUGUUCUAUACCAUUACUGAUGGAAAUGAACUGGACUUCUUUAGAAUAAACUACACGACAGGAGUUGUGUAUGUGAAGAACAAACUAGACAGAGAGACAGCAGAGAAUAUAGACAUGAUCAUUAAUGUCACUGAUGGAUUCUUUAGUGAUACAACAAUGCUUCGUAUUGUCCUAACUGAUGUUAAUGACAACCCUCCAAUGUUCCAGAAGUCUCACUAUUACACUGACAUUAGAGAGAACAGUAAAUCUGGAUCAAUACAACUGUAUGAUUCUGAUCGUAACAGCACCGUAAUUGUAGCCAUUGAUCCAGAUCAAGAAGACACUGCCAACUCGAUAGUGAUAUUCAGUACUGCUGGGCCUUAUAAAGACUACCUGGCUAUUGAUACACAAUAUGGGGACAUUGCGUCACUCUCAGUUGCUGGUGGAGCUAAUUUUGAUUAUGAAUCAGAGAAAACAGUUGAUAUAACACUCGUGGCAUCAGACAGUGUCAACCCACCUCACAGGAUGUCCAGCAAUGUGACCAUUACUGUUAAUGUCCUUGAUGAUAAUGAUAUUAUACCAUCAUUCAAGCUAUCCUCAUACUCAGUCUCAAUAUUUGAGGAUAUACCAGUGGAUAGUGUACUCACUGGAGUUGAUAUUGAAGCUGAGGAUGAAGACACAGGCUUGGGAGGAGUGAUAACAUACUCUAUUGUAUCUUCAGAUCCUAUUCUCUCACAACGAGACUUCAGAAUCAACUCGACCAAUGGUGAUGUUACAGUGAUUGGUCCGUUAGAUCGUGAAUCGACUCCAACCAUUUCACUGACCAUUAGAGCCAGGGACAGCAUCACUCCUUUUCAUUAUUCUGAUGUCAUAUUUCAAGUGUCACUGGACGAUGUUAAUGAUAACAUUCCAACGUUCAACCAAUCAGUGUAUCAUGUAUCAGUUAAUGAAGACGAUGGAUCAGGAAUCAGUGUUCACAUCAUAUCACUGAAUGCAAGUGAUAUUGACGUCGCUAAUAAUGCUCACAUGAAUUUCACAAUUUUAACUCAUACUGAUCAGUUCAAAGUGAACCAGGAUGGUAAUGUAUCGACCAUUAAACCAUUAGACCAUGAGACUGAUCCGAUGAUAGAGUUUGUAGUUCAAGUGUGUGACCAUGGUAUACCCAUUAGGCUCUGCUCCAAUGCCACAGUAUCACUGACGGUACUGGAUAUUAAUGAUGGGGUACCUACCUUUGAUUACACUCUAUACAACACCAGUAUAUGCAAUGACACUCUGUCUGAUAGUGUGGUGCUUCAUGUUUUUGCUAUUGAUACUGAUUCUGGGUCCAAUGGUCAAGUCCAAUAUUCACUGAUCCCCGGGUCCCUUCCCUCUUAUUUAACAUUUUACAAUACAACUGGUCAGUUUAUCCUGGUCUCUGAGAUACCUCCAAGUGAAGUUGGAUCUGUUUAUCAUUUUGAUAUCUAUGCUAUGGACGAGGGACAGCCCCCUCUCUUCAGUAGUACAGCUGUUAGCAUCACCAUAUGCGACAGGGAGAGUGAGGUACUUCAUUUCAACCAGUCAUAUUAUUAUGGGGACCUGCUCGAGAAUAAGGAACCUCUCCCCGUUGCCAUGGUGAUGGCAUUAAGUCCCUUUGGUCCUGUUAGUUAUGAGAUUGCCCCUCCCACUAAUAUCACACUCCCUUUUAACAUAUCUGAUGAUGGUGUAGUCAGUUCUACAGGGUCAUUGGAUAAAGAGGGAAGGGAUCAGUAUACGUUGAUUAUAUUAGCUACUGAUGCAGCUAGUCCACCAAACACAGCCUUUACUACACUCACUGUCAUCGUUAGAGAUGAGAACGACCACCCCCCCAUGUUCCUACUGGCUCCAUACUUCUUUGAAAUAACUGAAGAAGAAACUGGAGUUGUGGAGAUUGGUAAGGCAUUGGCUAUAGACCCAGAUCAGCCGCUAGCUGAGAGUGGAGUGAGGUACUCACUGGACCCGACCAGUAACCCAAUGAAUACGUUCACUAUUGAUGCAACCAAUGGAUCAAUAUUUACUGUGAAACCUCUGGACAGGGAAACCAUUGACUCCAUUGAAUUAAGAAUAAUGGCAAGGGACCUAGACCUACAGGAUCAAAGGGUUGAAACAGCUAUUGCUUAUAUAACUGUACUGGACAUCAACGACAACAGACCAAGGUUUGAAUCAAGCAGUUAUAAUGUCUCAGUACCUGAAGACACACCCACUGGUAUUGUGAUAAGUCGAGUUAGAGCUAAUGACAGUGACGCUGGUGAAUUCAGUAGAAUCACUUACUCCAUUGACUCUGGAGCAGAAGGGAAAUUCACCAUUGAUCCUAAUUUUGGAAGAGUGAUAGUUGCUAGUGGUCUUGACUAUGAAGAGGAAAAGUUUUACAAUUUAACAGUUCGAGCAACUGAUGGAGGUGGCCUGUCUUCAACGGCAUAUCUUGAAGUCCAUAUAACUGACAUUAAUGACUGCACUCCACAGUUUGAUCGGAAUAUUUAUUCAAUUAAUGAUAUUUUAGAAAGUGCUUCACCAGGGUUGGUUAUUGUUGAUAUCAAUACAACUGAUUGUGAUGAUGGGGCCAACAAAAUUGUAACAUAUUCUAUUACUGGAGGUGACUCAUCUGUCUUCCACCUCAACUCCAGCACCGGCGUUAUAACGCUGACCGGAUCUCUUGACUAUGAGAAGAAGGACAGUUAUCAGUUUGAGGUUAAAGCAAUGGACAGUGGGUCACCCGAACCACUAGCUAAUUUUACACAAGUGUUCAUCAGUAUAAGUGAUGUCAAUGAUGAAUCUCCAGUUUUUUCAGGAGACCCCUAUCAAGAAAUUGUAUCUGAAGACAUUUCAACUGGUUUUAUUAUACUUACUGCAAUGGCAGAAGAUGCUGACAGAUCAACGGAUAACAACAGGAUCACUUAUGAGACAGUCACAGGCAAUGAGGAUGGUAAAUUUCUGUUAAACGCUGACUCUGGAGAAUUAUCAGUAUUAAAUUCUCUAGACAGAGAAGAUGAAGACAGAUACGACAUAUUGAUAAGAGCCUUUGACAAUGGCUCACCUACUAGAACUGAUUAUGCUAACAUCACAAUCAUAGUCACUGAUGUUAACGAUAAUAAACCAGAGUUUAUUGGAUUGGACACAUCAAUAAGCAUAAGAGAAAACUCCAGUAACACGACUGAUAUCAUUUAUGAAGUGUAUGCUGAGGAUCCUGAUACUGUUGGGAGAUUGAUGUACUCUCUGUCCACUUUCACUAACAUAUUCUUCAUUGGAGCUACCACUGGUGUCAUCACCAGGUCUGGUAUCAUCGACUAUGAACUGGUCAAGAGUUUUGAAUUACCAAUACAAGUUACUGAUGGGAUCCACACUAUUCAGGAGACACUGUUGAUUAAUAUUCAAGAUAUUAAUGACAAUUAUCCUUUAUUCACACAAUCUGAGUAUUUUGCUGAUCAUCCUGAGGCCAGUCCUUCUGGUACCUCCAUACUUCAGGUCACUGCAUUUGAUGAUGAUGACUCUUAUAGCAACAAAGCCAUCACCUACUAUAUAACCAAUUGUACCAACUGUGCCUUUGAAAUAAAUUCAACUACUGGAGAAAUCACCAACAACCGACCACUGGACAGAGAACAAGGCUCCUAUUAUUACAUAACUGUUCUUGCAGUCAAUGAUGAUUCAAACUUACCACUAAGCACUAGCGCUGGUGUUAAUAUCAAUAUCAUUGAUAUUAAUGAUCACGCUCCUCAGUUCAACGAAUCAAGAUAUGAAUCAAGUAUCAGUGAACUGAUUCCUGAUGGCAGCUACUUAUUGACUGUAUCAGCUACUGAUGAUGAUCAGCCUGAUACUCCUAACUCUGAGAUACGAUACACCAUUGCCAGUACAAUAUCCAACAAUCCUUUCAGUUUGAAUGAAGAGACUGGAGUACUGCUGGUUGCUGGUAGCUUUGACAGAGAAACAAUAUCUCACUAUAAUUUUACAGUUGAAGCUGCUGAUAGAGGUAGUCCUGUGUCAUUGUCCAGUUCAGCUGCCGUCAUUAUAAACCUCAUUGAUGAAAAUGAUCAGCCUCCACAAUUCACUGAAAGGACUAACACUGUUAGUGUAAGAGAAGACGUCAGCAGUUUCCCAUACAACCUCUGGCAGUUGAGAUACACUGACAGUGACAGUGAUACCAUCAACAGAGACUCCACCUACCACCUGAUAUCAUUGAUGAAUGGAUCCACUCCUAUUGAUUAUCCGCUAAUACAGGUUAAUGCUAGCAGUGGUAUGGUCAUGUUGAUGGGGCCUCUCGACUAUGAAGUCACUAAAACUAUAACAGCAGUUCUAUCAAUUAAUAAUACUAAAGAAGGGGUGGGGUCACCCUGUGGCAGUGACGGAAUUAAUAGCAUUUGUCCAUUAUCUGAUACUGCUGUCCUUACUCUUAACGUUAACGAUUAUAACGAUAAUCCACCUGUCCUUAGACAAUCCAGCUACUCAAGCCAGGUCAGUACUACAGCUAGAACAGGUACACAGAUUGUACAGAUAAUAGCUACUGAUGCUGACACUCAAAAUGACUACGGGACAGUAAAGUACAGUCUCCUAGCUGGAAGCAGCCUCAAGUUUCAGAUUAAUGAAGUUACUGGUUGGAUAACAACACGUGGUACUUUCACUAACAAUGAUGGGGAAACCUUUAACAUUUUUGUAAGAGCAUAUGAUAAUUCUGGGAGAGAUCCUUCCUUCAGUGUCACUGCUACUGUGAGGGUGUUGGCCAUCAGUGACUUUAAGAGAGUUUUAUUAUUAUUGAAUAUACCAGCUGACACUGUCACUAUAGACAAAGAACAGUUCAUAGCAAAUACCCUGGCUAAUCUCACCGGUUACAAUAUAGUAGUUGAGGAAGUUCGUGGACAUAUUUUAGGAGAUUCUGGAGAAAUAGAUUCUUCAAAAACUGAUUUCAUAUUCCAUGCUGUUGAUCGCUCAACUGGUGAAAUUGUUGACUUUGACGUGUUCAUAGCAAACCUUAAUGUUGAUGAAUUCUUUAGACUCAUAGAGGCCUGUGAACCUGUAUCUAUAACUUCCCUGCAGGUUCAAACUGAUAAUGAGCCAGUGGAGACCAUAAUGAUAUUCCUAAUGGUCCUCUGCUUCAUACUCAUCAUUGGAGCAUUGGUGACACUAGUGCUGGCCUGUCAACAAAGAUAUAUAGCUUUACGUGCAUUAAUGAAGAAUCAGGUACUUGAUGCCUUUUAUGGUAAUCCUGACCCCUCCCUUUUGGAGGGCGGGGUCAUGCCACGAGACUUCUCUGGAGAAUCCUUUGAAAUGAAAGGGAGGAUCACUAAGAAUACCCUCUACACUGAUCCUUACUUUCAAAUGAACCCACUGGAGACAAGCGGAGCCGCUUCUUCAGUUGGUGAUGCGUCCAGUAUGGCACAGGACAAUCCCUUAUAUGGUGAAUAUGCUGAUGAAGAAUUAAGAGUUGAUUUAUUCCAACCUCCUUCCGAUGAUGAAACUGAAGGUGAUAUUGAUGAGGGUCGGUUGCUUCAUGCUGCCAUUCAUGAGGAGGAAGAUGAUGAUGAUGAUGAUUCCGCCACUCUUAUUUAAUUAACUUGUUAUCACAUGACUGUCACAUGUAGACAUGCAUUAUUAGUUUAUAUGAACACACACAUUAAUAGUAUUAUAUAAUCUUUUGUCUUAUUUUUAUUUUUGUCCUUAUUGUUAUUAUUAGUUAUUUGCUAUCCUUUAAAUUAAUCUAUAAUGUAUAAUACUUUUCUUCCUUUUCAAUUUUGGUAUACUAUAGUA